AUGUCGUCGAUGUUAAUGGCGGUUAAAACCACUUCCCUCACGGCUUCACCUAGAUUCCGACCGAACAAUCGCUCGGCGAGGUUGGUUAAUCCGACGGCGAGAAUCCAAACACGUAUUCAUCGUCUGAUUGAAGAACAAGGCAUUGUUCUUAUGCCUGGAUGCUAUGAUGCUUUAUCGGCUGCUAUCGUGCAACAAACCGGAUUCUCUGCCGGUUUCAUCUCCGGUUACGCUCUCUCCGCUUCUCUAUUGGGAAAACCAGAUUUUGGUUUGCUAACACCGCCGGAGAUGGCUGCAACGGCGAGGUCUGUGUGUGCUUCAGCUCCAAAUAUACCCAUCAUUGCAGAUGCAGAUACCGGUGGAGGAAAUGCGCUUAACGUUCAAAGAACCGUAAAGGAUUUGAUCGCAGCAGGCGCUGCUGGUUGUUUCCUUGAGGACCAAGAAUGGCCAAAGAAAUGUGGUCAUAUGCGCGGUAAACAGGUGAUACCAGCAGAAGAACAUGCUGCCAAAAUAGCAUCAGCUCGAGACGCUAUUGGUGAUUCUGACUUCUUUCUUGUCGCAAGAACAGACGUACGUGCUACUUCUGCGAAAUCAGGGCUUGAAGACGCCAUUGCACGGGUUAAUCUAUACAUGGAGGCAGGAGCUGAUGCUUCCUUUGUAGAGGCACCGAGAGACGACGAUGAGCUCAAGGAAAUUGGAAAACGAACAAAGGGUUAUAGAGUUUGUAAUAUGAUUGAAGGCGGAGUCACGCCAUUGCACACGCCUGAGGAGCUUAAAGAAAUGGGAUUUCACUUGAUCGUUCACCCGUUAACUGCGCUCUAUGCAUCCACUAGAGCUCUGGUCGAUGUUCUCAAGACUCUCAAAGAAAACGGAACCACUCGAGAUCACUUGGAAAAGAUGGCUACUUUUGAAGAAUUCAAUAGUUUGGUGGAUUUAGAUUCAUGGUUUGAGCUUGAAGCUCGUUACUCAAACCUUAGGAACGCUCUUGGGACAACAACAAAAUCAUGA